CCAACUGCUGCUCUGCGGUACAUCCGCCUGACCUGCGCGAGUGUUUACAUGCGGACUGCAGAAUGGGUAGUUCCGUGUGAUCCUUUGCAGCUUUAGAAUCACAGGAGUGCGAUAUCUACUGCGGUCAGAUCUAUGACGACAGUAACUGCAAUAUAAUGGACAUGCAGCAUCCAAAUUUCGAGACGAGACACCCACUGCAGCAAGAAGAGCAGGAGACUGGUUACGACCCUUUGCACAACUACAACCGAAACAGAACCAGUGGAUCGCUAGACAGUGUUCCUGAUUCGACCUUCCAGACAUACAGAAAUGAGUGGGACAACUUGUUCCGGAACAGUAAUUAUCUCGCACGGAUCAGGCAGUCAGGCAUUAUGGGUCGAUUAAGGAGUAGCCGAUUCCGCAGUGUAUGCUGGAAGCUCUAUCUGGAUAUCUUGCCUGAGGACAAAAGCCAAUGGAUCAAUAAGACCAAGGAGCUCCGAGCUCAAUAUGAAAAAAUCAAAGAGAGGCACAUCACAAAUCCUCGUAAAGCUGCAGGCCAGCAGGACCUGGUGGUGAACAACCCAUUGUCUCAGGAUGAAGGGAGUCUGUGGAACAAGUUCUUCCAGGAUAAAGAGUUAAGGGGUAUGAUCAAGCAAGACGUAUGGAGAACGUUUCCAGAGAUGUGUUAUUUCCAGGAGGAGGAUGUUAGGACUAAACUGACUGACAUUCUGUUCUGCUAUGCCAGAGAAAAUGAACAGUUACUUUAUAAACAGGGGAUGCAUGAGUUAUUAGCUCCUGUAGUCUUUGUUCUCCACUGUGAUCAUCAGGCCUUCCAACAUGCCAUUGAGACUGCCAGUCCCAGUGACGAGGUGAUGGUACUUCUGGAUCCGAAUUUCCUUGAGCACGAUGCAUAUGCCAUGUUCUCCCAGCUCAUGGAGACAGCAGAACCUUGGUUCUCAAGUUUUGAGCGGGAGGUGCGGAAGGGAAAGGAAGAGAUGCUUACCAGCAUGCCCUUCGCCAGACCCCAGGACUCUGGCCCCUCUGUUGCUAUAGUGACCAAAGUGAACCGAAUUCAAGACCAGCUGGUAAAGAAGCACGAUAUUGAGCUGCACAUGCACCUCAACCGUUUGGAGAUUGCACCCCAGAUAUACGGCAUCCGCUGGGUCCGACUGCUGUUUGGUAGGGAGUUCCCAUUGCAGGACCUGCUGGUAGUGUGGGAUGCGCUGUUCGCAGACAGCAUCACUCUGGACCUGGUGGACUACGUGUUUGUUGCCAUGCUGCUCUACAUCAGAGAUGCAUUGAUUGCCAGUAACUUUCAGACAUGUCUGGGUCUCCUCAUGCACUACCCCCCAGUGGGAGACAUCCAUUCUCUUCUGCAAAAAGCUCUGUUCCUGAGAGAUCCAAAGAAUAACCCAAGGCCUGUUAACUACCAGUUCCAACAGAACCUUGACUACUACAAAACCAGAGGUGCUGACCUCAUCAGCAGGACCAGGGCCAGCAAUAAGGCACCUCCCCUCAACAUCAACAAGGUCUCCAACUCUCUGCUCAACUUCGGCAGGAAGCUCAUUGGCCCCAUGGGGGCUGGGCCCAGUGGGGUCUCAUCAAUCAACAGUGAGGUGCAGACAACUCCACACCUCCAACCUCAGUCACCUCGCCCAUUGGCUGAGCAGCCAUCUGGCCCUGCCUCCUCAAACUCACAAACACAGGCGCACCCACAGACUCAGUACCGUCUUCUGAAGUCAGAGAGUAUGCCUGUGCAUCUCAGUACAGAUGUAGGUUCUUCUGGAGUAUCUCAGAUCUCUCUCCCCCCCCAGAUAUUGUCUGACAUGCCAGGCCAAACCUCCAGGACUGUAAGCUCCUCCCCCAGCACUGAGAGUUUAUCAGGUGGGCGGGACCAUCCCAUGUCAUCCCCUCCUCUUCCGGUCGCUAAGGGGCGGGAGUCCAGCACAUCGUCCCCUCCACUCUCUGCCUCUAAAAAAGAGUCAUUCUUCAACAUCAGUCGUUCCCGCUCACACAGUAAAUCCAUGGGGAGGAAGGACAUGGAGGAGCUUGAGGCCCAGGUGUCAUUCCUUCAGGGACAGAUCAAUGAUCUGGAGGCCAUGAGCAAAUACUGUGCAAAGAUGAUGAACAUGCACAUCGGGAGGAUUCAGGAUGUGAUCCUACAGGAGCACCUGCAGAAGGAGGAUGAGGUGCUGGUGUCACUUGCUGGACUCAAACAGAUCAAGGACAUUCUGAAGGGAGCACUGCGCUUUAACCAGAGCCAGCUGGAGGCUGAGGAGAAUGAGGAGAUCACCAUAGCAGACGACCACUACUGCUCGGCAGCCCAGCACCACGCUCACAAGGGUGCAUCUGUUGCCCCUAUCGUUGAUCCUGGCACCGAAGGGACUCAGCUGGACCCCUGCUGCUGCUCAGUGCAGGAGAAGCAGCUAGAGAACCAGGGACAGAAACCCAAUAGUGAUGAGGGAGCAGCCACUUCACAGUCACAGGUUACUGAAAGGAGGAAGUGGGAUGACUACAUCCUGGUCUCGCAGGAUGGAGAACUUCAGCCAACUGAGGGUGAAGAGAAGGGAAUUCCUGCAAUUGCCCCACCCUUUAAGCAUGGGCAGCGCUUCAGCAAAGCCGAGUUUCAAGAUCCUCUAAUGGGACCCACUUCUGGAUCAUCCAGCCCAGAUGGGGGCAGUACUAACAGCAAGGACUCGGAUUUUACCAUUGUUAACCCCACUGACCUUUGAACCCUAAAAUCUUGUCAGUUUAUUUGGUCUUUAGCCUUCAAACUGCUACAGAGGAAAAAUCUCUCUACUGAACUUUUGCACAUAUAAACUCAGGCUGAUUGCCUUAUGAGCCCCCUGCCAUCUUUAACCUAGACUACGGUUAGGGUUAAUAUUAUGAUAAACCUUCCCUCUUUAAUCUAGACUACGAUUAGGAUUAGGGUUACCAUCUUUAAUCUAGAUUAUGGCUAGUGGUAAGGUUAGGAUCACCCUACCAUGUUUAACCUAGACCCUGUUCCAUAACCUGGUCCUUUAACUGUGUUCAUAUUUGCUGUAAGCCUCUGUCCUAAAUCAUAAAACUGUAUCCUGCUAUCCAGUUCAUUUAGCUCUUAUGAUGCUUGGUAUUAUGAUUUACGUAGAACAAAAUUAUGCCCUAUAAUUUUGACUCUGCAGUUCAGUCUUAACUCAAUCACUGCGUAUUCUCUGAUUUUCAUAAAACAUACUUGAAUGCACAUACUGAGGAGAUCUUGAGAGAAUGGACACCUGGAUGAAAUGAAUAUACCAUAAAGAAUAUAAGUGAAUUUUGGAUAGCAGGUAAUAUGGUAACUGUAUAUGUAUGUGUUCUGGUUGCAGUGCAGAUGUGCACUUUGAAAAGCAGCCCCGCUCAUCUUAACCUUUCAAUAAUCUCUUCACAGAUUGAUACAUGCAGGCAAGAUCUACUCCUCUUCCAUACUCAUACUGUCUCUUUUUGCAAUAGGACUAAUAAUAAUAAUAAUAAUAAUAAUAAUAGUAGUGACUUGUGUGCACUACAUCUCACUUGCCAGAAGGGGGAGCCUUAAUUAUCAAUAUGGACUGGUAUCAGUAACCUCUCUCUUCAGCAUUGAUUGUUCAUUAUCCAGUGCCUGAAUAUGUGGCCAUAUAAGUAUCCAUCUGGUUCUUCAGUUCUUUGGGUGGGUUGUUUCGUUUUUCUUUUUUUUUCUAAACAAUUUUAACACAGAUUCCAAUUUAAAAAUUGUUAAAUUAUGAUGUUUUCACCAUUUUUAUGCAAACACUGUUCUACUAGGUUUUGUUUUUGGUGUCCUUUUUCUAAUUUCUCUUGGUUUCCAUGGUAGCUGUGUAUGGUGUUGUACAUGAGGGAUGCUGGAAUGAUUUUGAAAUUAUAUUAACUACAGAUUAAUAAAAAAAGGUAUUUUUGCUGCUGCCUUAUCCCA